AUGAACAAAAGGGUGCAUCAGUCCUUCGAUGAUUUAAUCCCUAGUGUCAGAUGGCAAGAUCUAUUUUCCAGGGCUAUCAUCUCAGUUAGAAAGCUUAUCAAAUUCCUCAAAAUGCCUUACUCAUUGUUAAAACUAGGAUUUGGGAGAGUAGCUGUACAUAUGGAGAUUAGACCAAUCUGUGUUGCACUUGUCUAUGCAUUUAUUUACACUGCUGUAGGAGUAAUAAAUCAAUACAUUAAACUUGUUGUUGAAGCUCUUUUGGUUACUUUGAGGUAUGAUAUAGGGUAUAUGGUUGAGGAUUCCUUGGAUUGGAUGGAGUUGAUUUCACUUCAGAGCAACAUCCUUGGUGCAAAUUCACAUUUAUGUAGAUUGCUCUUGUUGAUGGCAGAUGGUGGUUCUUGUUGCUAUAUUAUUACGACUCAAAUUAGAUGUGAAGAUGAGCUCCAGAGGGGUAAGGCAGUACCUCAAGAUGAGAUCUUCAAGAUUACUCACACGAGGAAGGAGAAGAACGCCGAUGGUGGGAUGUCAAAAAUAGGCAAAUGCUGGAAAAAAUAUUCCAGAUUUUCGACCACAGGUGGUCGAAAAUCAGCCCAGAUAUUUCACAAUUUCGACCACAUGAGACUUCUUUUCUUGGCAUCAAAACAGGCAUAUGAGGAAGAUAGUCUACCAGAGCAAUUCUUGAGGGGUCUCUCAGCUGCACGUCUUUCUGGGAGGGCUCAGAUUUUUGUUGACCCUCUGAUCAAUUCAUCUGGACGAAGUGAAAGGCUAUCAGGAGAUCUGACCUUCUACCUUGAUGGAGCUCACAGUCCCGAGAGCAUGGAUGCCUGCGCAAGAUGGUAUUCUGCUGCUGCGGUUGAACGAAAAGACCUGUCACUUUCAUCAGUUUCUCCAAAAGUCGAAACAAUGGAGAGAGUUUGGACAAACAGUUACAUCAAACAUUGUCAUAACGAGGAGUCUGACGAAAUAUUGAAGCGGAUUCUGUUAUUCAACUGCAUGGAUGCAAGAGAUCCUCAAAUUCUUCUUCCUAAGCUUGUCGAUACCUGUGCAUCAUCAGGUGUUUACUUCUCAAAAGCUAUUUUUGUGCCAAGCAUUUCGGCAUAUACCAAGGUUACUUCUGCUACCUCUACUAUACCCUCAAACAUCCCUGGCAAGGAUUUAUCGUGGCAGUUUAACCUUCAGAGAAUUUGGGAGAGAAUCAUUAAUGGCAAAGAUGUUCCUGAUCUGAAUCUCAAGAUAAAGGCCUCAGCAGGCUUACCACCGCGUGAAUUCCUUUAUGAAGAGGCUUCUCGUUGUGGUCCAGGAGAUGGAUAUUUUGCUUGUAGUAGUGCGGUUAUUCCUUCAUUACCAUUGGCAAUAAAUUGGUUGAGGGAUUGUGUUAGAGAAAACCCUUCCCUUAGACUUCAGGUUCUUGUUACUGGUUCAUUGCAUCUCGUUGGCGAUGUGUUGAAGCUACUAAGGAGGUGAUAUUAAAUUUCCUUCCACAUGUGGUUGGGUAUGGUUGAUGGAGGGAUGUGUUAUCCUUGCAACAUUUUUGAGAGUUGCUUAUGCACCGCAACCCUAUAGUCUUUUCCUCAAAAUUGAAUUUUAUGCCAUUGUUAUUGUUAUCGUUUUUAUUUCUAUUUCAUUAGUUUACACGGGUAAUGUUUCAUAUUGGCAUUGAUGAAGUUGUUCAAUCUGAUUCAAUAAUUUCACAGCUUUUAGUGCUUGUUAUUCCUUUGAAAUCCUUCUAAGAUUUAUUAGAGAUUUGAACAAUCUUUUUCAUGAAGCUGCUAUUUUCUAGCUAUACCUAGUAUUGUAAGAGUAUUAGAUGACUUUGUUAUAGCAAGUUUGAUUGAGAACAAUAUAAUUGUUUGUAGUACUUUUUGUU